CACUACUUCCACGAUGGGUCUCUGGCUGUUUCGAAUCCUACGUAGCAAUCGUCGAGCGCAGUGCCCUCCGCCGACAAAUUCUCCCAAACCACAGGCACCACUGCGCCCACCGAUCUCCCGAGAACCGCGCAACGAACAGACCAAAUGCCCGCUUUUCAGCCCAAAUUUCCCCGCAGAGCUUCGUAUUAGCAUCUAUGAGGCUGUUCUUGGCGACCGGCACCGGUUCAUGCACGUCAUUCCCUUCGACGAUGAGUCAAAUCGUGUGGGACGUCGUCGAUGCGAAGACAUGGCUUGUGAAGGUCCGACCUGGCAGCACAAGUGUUUUGGCACGUGGUUAGAGAGGCGAAGAUCAUCCCGCAAACGGAAGUUCACCUUCCACUCGAGCGAUCAAAUACUAGCAUUACUUUUGAGCUGCCAUCGCAUUUACUUGGAAGCAAUCCAUAUCCUGUACACAGCCAACACAUUCAGCCUGAAGGGGGCCCGGGGUAUAUUAGCCUUCAAUUCUGUCACGCCACAACCCCAGUGGCACCAAAUUCGCUACUUGAAUGUCUCUACAAUAUUUUUGACACCACAGAGAUAUUGGCCAGAGCACGAAAGAUUCCCUCCGGAUAAUUAUUGCCAAUGGUCGACAAGCUGCGAAACCCUUCAAAAUCUACGUGGGCUUCGCUCGUUGCACGUCGAGAUCAUCGUUUGGGACACGCAUGAGCGGGAAGAUUCGACUGCUGUCGAAGAUGACGCGCUAGUCUCCAUUCUGGAACCGCUAAAUCAUGUUUCUGCCCCACUUUUUGAAAUCGAGGUGAAUAUAGCCAUACCCGAGACUGUGCUUGAAAGGCUUGGAAAGCGGACAUUCACGCUAGUCGUCAAGAGUAGGCCAUACGACCGUAUCCUGUUCCCCUUAUAGCAAUUUCGAUUAUUUUACAAAGUACGUACGGG